AUUUGGGUGCAUUGCUACUGAAAGCCAGUUAUGUAUGGAGAUCAUUCAUACCUUUUAGUAGGAAGAUUGAUUAGAAACCAAUGACUUCAGUCUGCUUCCUUGCUCUCAGGGAUGCCAGGAAGGGUGGGGUCUAAAAGAAGAAAACUGAGACUCUAUUUAAAAUUCAUAAGCAAAAAAGUGAAGACAUGGCCCUAAGUGGGACACUUUUUCAGCCACUAGAGAUGAAAAGAACUGUGGACCUGUGAUUGGAGCAAGUCAGGAUAUGCGUACCGCACCAUGUAAAAUAAGUUUCUGGACUGCUCUCACUAGGACCAUGUUCACACUGUCGCUUAGGUGGAAAAGACAAUGGCUCUUGGUGGGAACCAGAGUGGUGGGAUGACAGAGUUUGUCCUGGCGGGCUUCCCAGAACUCAACGGCACAAGAACGGAACUGUUUUCAGUGCUCCUUCUUGCCUAUCUGCUGACUCUGACCAGCAAUGUGUUGAUCGUGGGAGUGGUAGGAGCUGAUACUCGCCUACAAACCCCCAUGUACUUCUUUCUGGGUCACCUGUCCUGCCUGGAGAUUCUGAUCACUUCGGUCAUCAUUCCUAAGAUGCUGAGCAGUUUCCUGUCGAGGCAACACACUAUUUCCUUCUCCGCAUGUGUUACUCAGUUUUAUUUUUAUUUCUUCCUUGGGGCUUCGGAGCUCCUCCUGCUGGCUGUCAUGUCUGUGGAUCGCUACCUGGCCGUCUGUCAUCCUCUGCGCUACCCCUUGCUCAUGAAUGGAGCUGUGUGUUCACGCAUGGCCUUGGCCUGCUGGAUGGGAGGACUCUUCCCUGUGCUUGGUCCCACAGUGGCAGUGGCCCUGCUCCCUUUCUGUAAACAGGGAGCUGUGGUACAGCACUUCUUCUGUGACAGUGGGCCACUGCUGCACCUGGCAUGCACCAACACCAAGAAGCUGGUGGAGACGGACUUCAUCUUGGCCUCUCUCGUCAUUGUAUCAUCACUGGCAAUUACUGCUGCCUCCUAUGGCCACAUAAUCUUGGCUGUCCUACGCAUGCCCUCUGCUUCAGGUCGCCAGAAGGCCUUCUCCACCUGUACAUCCCACUUGAUGGUUGUGACCCUCUUCUACGGAAGUGCCAUUUUUCUCUAUGUGCGGCCAUCGCAGAGUGGCUCUGUGGACACUAACUGGGUAGCAACAAUGAUAACAACGUUUGUAACACCAGUGCUGAACCCAUUCAUCUAUGCUCUGCUCAAUGAGCAAGUCAAGGAGGCUUUGAAGGACAUGUUCAGGAAGAUAGCAGCCAGCUUUUUAAGGAGUCUUUCACCCGCUGAACACUUCCUUAAGAAAACAGUAGAGUGAGAGUGAAGGAAUGCAGCAACCAAUCUGAAGUCCAAAUAGCUUCCUUAUCAUUUUCCCAUCACCAUCGUGGACAUCACCAAAGGACUGAAUUCUGGAACCACUGAUGAACUUCAGAGGUAUCAGGUCUACCUUCCUUCUAUUUAAGGCAAAAUUCAUUGAUUCUAUAUGAUGGC